AUGGGCAACACAGCAGUGAUCUGGUUACUACUGUACUAUGUUGAUGUCCAUCAAACAUUGAAAUUAAAUGUAUGGAAAAGCCUCGAAAUGAAUGAGACAUUGAGACGUGCGGAUGUUAGAGUCAAGGUUACUUCCAUGUCAACAAUUAAAAACUAUGAUGAUAUGAAAUAUCCAUUGUUCAGUGAAGUUCUCUUUAAGUUCGUGUCUUUAUAUGAUUAUAAAUACCUACAUCCAAACAUCCCCAAUACCUUUAAGAACUACCUGCUCAUUUUGAUAUUUUACCGUGCAGAACCACUUUAUACUUCUUUCCAUGAUGAGGAAUGGGGAGUCCCUGUUCAUGAUGAUAAGAAGCUCUUUGAGCUACUUGUUUUAUCACAAGCAUUGGCAGAACUCACCUGGCUGGCAAUCCUUAGCAAGAGAGCAACAUUUAGAAAGCUUUUUGAUGAAUUUGAUCCAUCAUCAGUUGCAAAAUUUGAUGAGAAGAAGUUGCUAUCGAUGAAAAUGAAUGGUAACACAUUGCUAUCUGAACCAAAACUUCGUGCAAUCGUGGAAAAUGCAAAACAGCUGCUCAAGAUCCAGCAGGAGUUUGGAUCCUUCAGUAAUUAUUGUUGGCGUUUUGUGAACCACAAACCUUUGAAAAAUGGAUUUCGUUAUUCACGUCAAGUACCAGCUAAAACACCAAAAUCAGAACUCAUAAGCAAGGAUCUGAUGCGAAGGGGCUUCUGCUGCGUCGGCCCUACUAUUGUGUAUUCGUUCAUGCAAGUAGCUGGAUUAGUUAACGAUCAUCUCACGACGUGCUUCAGAUAUGAUGAAUGUAGCACGGAUGUCAAGAAGAAUUCAACACCCCGACUAGAAAAGACGGAAGUUACAAGGAAAGCUGAGACAAUGAUAUGCACAGUAAAUGAGUCAAAAACUCCGUGAACUGUAAGUGCAGUUAUGGUACGGAGUAUUCGACUUGACUGUAACAGUAUAAUGAACAAAAUUUUAGUAUUUUCUUUCUUAAUAUUGUCUGGUACUAUCCAUUCCUUCUUACCAAACAUGUCAUAAUAAUUUGUUUGGUAAGAUGAAUUUGACAACACGACAAAUUAAACAAGAAAAAGAAAGUACAGUCUCCUUCUUACUACAAUCCAGUAUUGUCAAGUAUCAC